GUUAUCAGCACUUCUCUUGCCCCUCUGGACUACCAUGGAGGGGAUGGCUCUCUAUCUGGUGGCUGCUCUGUUGAUUGGCUUUCCGGGGUCUUCUCAUGGGGCUUUCUACACUCUCAUCACCCCUGGUGUUCUGCGAACAGACACAGAAGAGCAAAUUUUGGUGGAGGCCCAUGGAGAAAGUGUUGCAAAACAGCUUGUUAUCUCUGUUCAUGAUUUUCCAAGGAGACAGAAAACCUUGUUCCAAAUCAGAGUAAAUAUGAAUCCACAGGAAGGCAUGCUUGUUACUCCAACUAUAAAGAUUCCUGCAAAAGAACUGAAUAAGGACUCCAGGCAAAAUCAGUAUGUGGUGGUGAAAGUAAGUGGUCUGCCAGCGGAACUAGAAAAGGUGGUUCUCCUCUCUUACCAGAGUGGCUUUGUGUUCAUCCAGACCGAUAAAGGCAUCUAUACACCAGGCUCUCCAGUGCGCUAUCGUGUCUUUUCUAUGGAUUACAACAUGCACAGGAUGGACAAAACUGUGAUUGUCGAGUUUCAGGUGAGAAUCGUGUCUGCAAUCCUGUAUGAUUAGUAUAGUUCCCUGAAC